UAAUCUGGAUUUAUCAAGCGAUUUUUUAUUGUGACAGUGCAAUAAAUUAUUUAUCGAAAAAGCCAGUUGCAGUAUGUCCGCGUGUCUCGUUGCGCGCAAAUUCUAUGUGAAAAGAAAGUAUGGUCAACAGUCAAUGCAAUCUAUGCAGUAAAAUGUGUAUUUGUCUGUGUCUGUGUGUGUGCGUAUGUGUUUUUAGUGUAUAGAAUUGAAUAAGCAGCAGCAUAAGCAAAGAAAGUUAAAAGCAAUAGCAACGGUAAAGCAACAAGGAGAAGAGGAAGAAGAAGACAACGAGCAGCAACACAAAUGAAGCAAUACAAUUUUCAGUUCAAUUUUAAACAUCAAUUGUCUGUCCCGAAGCAUUAAACAAGGCUCAAAAAUUUUUGCCAAUGAGUCGCAGACAGUCAUUGGAUCGACCAGGAAUAUUGUCUCCUCCGGGUCCGUUUCUGACGCCCAGUCCAUCGCCAUCGAUCUCAGCUAGUCCACGCCUGCAACCAUCACCAUCUCUAUCGCCAUUCCCACAGGAUGUGGUGCUCGUAGCCGGUGGCAACGCAAUAAACGCCAACAGCAAUCCACAGGACCACGAGCGCAAGGCGGCGACGCCUGGCAGGCGACAAUCCAUACAUCAGUUCACAAAUGGCAGUCCCAAUGCCGGCACCGUUGUCUUUCAACCGAGUCCAUCACAGUCACCGGCCGCUGCCACGACGGUCAUUGGCGUGACAGCUGGCGGUCUCAUAGCCGCCGCCGCUGCCAGUGGCCACAAUAAUGCAAUCGGCACUGAGCUGAACGCCACGCUUGUCGGCUCCAAUAAUAUACAACUGAACAAGAAGGGCAACAAGCGGACUGGACAGCAGCAGCAACAACAGCAUCAGCAACUACAGCAGCAGCAAAUACAACAUCAGCAGCAAAUCUUUAGCACCAGCGCAGCGGCGCCCACCUCAAUCUGCUCGACGGUAGCCGGCGGCUAUGGGCAACCGAAUGCAACGGCAAUCAGUACGCCCAUUUCGUUUGCGACAGCAAAUGUGGCUAGUGGCCCAAAAGGUCAAGCGAAAAAGGGCGCCACAUCGGUACUGAGCCAACAGCACCAGCAGCAGCAGCAACAUCAACAACAGCAACACGUGCAGUUUCAACAGUAUCAGAGCAGUAGUCCGCUGAUAGCGGAUAGUCCUAUUCCCAGCCCCAGCAACGCGAUUGCUGCUGCGGCUAUAAAACCGCCAACGCCGCAGCCUCAAACCGUUCAGAUGCUUCCACAGCAGUUCACCAUCACCAGCGGGCCGCAGCAGCAGCAGGCGCCGCAGCAAGUGUUUCAGUUCAUUCAGGGCCCUCAGGGUCAAAUCAUAGCCACCACACAGCAGCAGCAACAGCAGCAGCAACAACAACAGCAGCAGCAGCAGCAGCAUCAUCAGCAACAGCAGCAGCAACGUUAUACCAGCAAUGCAGGCAUUGCGUUGUCCACAGCGUCCACGAAGGCGAGCAAGGCGCCCCAACAGAUACUGCCUAAGCCACAACAGGAACUGGGCUCUCAGCCAAUGCAACAGCUGUCGAAGAACAAAAAUAUCAGUAACAGCAACGCACAAUUACCGCAGAUCUCGCAGUCGACGCAGCCACAACAGGCACAGCUUAAUGCUGCAGCCAACAAUGCCAACAACCAACAACAACAGCAGCAGCAAAUUUUGCUGCCAGCGACAGCAGCACAACCACAGCAAUUGCUGCUGAAUCAGAUGCCCGUGCUGGUGCAGCAGAAUCCGCAGGGUGUGCAGCUCAUAUUGCGUCCACCCACGCCACAGCUGACGACGCCCUCGCUGGUUAUACAGAAUUCGCGUGGACAGCCGCAGCUGCAGCAGCCGGCACAACAGCAGCUGCUACGUAUUGUGGGCACCAAUGGAGCCACCAUGCAGUUAGCCGCCGCCACACCCACAUUUAUAGUGUCCUCGCAGGGCAACCUCAUUCAGCAGACGGCUGCAGCCGGUCAAUUCCAAAGCGCCAUAAAGACUGGCACGCAGCUAAGCGGUCUGCAUGCCGCGCUGGCGGCCCAGACGCCACGAUCUCAGCCGUUUACCACAACGGCCACCAUCAACACCCAGUUACUGGGUCAGAGUGUUGCGGCACAGCUGCAAAAUUUACAGCUAGCCGCUGCAGCGGCUGCCAAUGGCAAUGGCAUUGCCCAGAUACAAAUGCCGAAUGGUCUGGCGGCCAUUUCGCAGCUGCAACAGACGCUGGGUGGCGCCACCAUCAAUCUGAAUCAGUUGUCUGGUGCGCACUUGCAACAGAUUGCCAGCGCCUUUCAGACGCCGCAGCCACCUCAGCAGUCCACAACGUCGGGAGCGACCAGUGGAAACGGCAACAAUUCCGCAGAGCUGUUUGCUCAAUCCUCGCCAGCGCAUGUACCGCUGGCUGUUACACCGGAGCCACUGCGUCAACCGACGCCGCAGCAGCAGGCGGCCAUGGCCACCAUACAGCUGCAGCAUCAGCAGCAACAGCAGCAGCAAGCGCAAAUACAUCAACUGCAGCAGCAGCUGCAACAGACACAGACGCAGGUGCAGCAGGCACAACAACAGCAGCAGCAACAACAUCAACAGAUUGUAGAGCCCAAGAAGAAGCCGCGGCCCCGCAAAAAGAAGCCACCUGCGGCAACGGCAACGACACAGCAAAAGAUCGCCAUAUCUGCCACGCCCACUUCUACAACGACGCUUACACGAACGCCCACGCCGCAGUCGCAGACUCAAACGCAAACGCAGGCGGCACAGUUGAAGUCGCCAUCACCGCCGCCCACACACAUACAACGCGCCAGCAAUGGCAAACUAGAUCUCGGGGAUGUGAUGAAGUUCUGCGGCAUUACGGAGGAUGAUGACGACGACGAAGACUAUGGCAUGGAUGCAGUCACAAGCUCUGCACCAGCUGCAGUCAAUAACAGCACUGGCAGCAACGGCAGCGGCAGCAACAACAACCAUCAUGUUGAGGAAUCACUGUCAGCACCAGCACCGCCACCACCACCGGCGCCCUUAAGCAACGGAGUAGCAGCAGCUGCAGUCAAUGCGGCAACGGGGCCCAGUUCCAACGAUAUUAUGAUCUCCAUACCGAGCCAAAACGGCAGCGAUGGGCUGCCCUUCACGCUGACCAUACCGGCACCAGCGCCGGUCAACGAAGCCACCGAAAUACCAAAUAUCCUCAUUAAGAUUGAUCCAAGCGAUGCUGCGGCGGCAUCGUCCGCUGCCGCUGGAGCAACUGUACCACCGUAUACGCUAUCAACGCCGCGCCUGCCCACUGCCGAGGAGAUUCAACGGCAGGCGCAGCAACAUCUCGCCCAGCAGGCAGCCGCUGCAGCAGCCGCCGCUGCGGCUGGUGCCAAAAUCUGCACCAGCAUACAGACCACAACACCGGCGCCAACAAUAAGCUUCAGUCUGGGCACACAGGCCCAAACCAUAGGCAGUGUCACGCUGCAGCCAACCUCCGUUGCGGCAUGUAUAACGUUGACCACGCCCACGCCUACGGCAACUGCAACAACGACAGCCACUGCGCCUAGCGCGGUAACAGCAGCAACGACGGCUGCCGUUAAGCCGCGUCGCAAACCCGCCGUGCGUCGCAACACCAAAAAGCAGGAGAUGCUGAAUAGCAAUGCCAGCAACAUCAGCAACGCCAGCGGCAGCAGCAGCAACAAUAUGAACAAUAGCAUGAUUAGCAGCAACAGCACCACCACGACCACCAUCAGCAGUGGGAGCAGCAGCAGCAGCGCCGUCAACACUGUCAACACCAUCACCCUGACAACGCCUGUGAGCAGCAGCAGCACUUGCAGCUCCAGUAUAUUGCUGCCGCACGGCCUUGGACUGACAGGGAGUAGCAACAGCACCGGAAAUGGCAGCAACAGUACGCCCACAACCGUGCCCAGUCAGAUUGGCAACAUUCAGAUAUCGCAGGUGCAGAAUCAUCAUCAGUCAGCGAUGCCCGUCGGCAGCGCCGUAGAGAACAAGAUUCAAAUAAUGCCGAUUCUGCCGCCUGGAGCCACCGUUAUGGGCGGUGCUGUGCCAGCUGCAGGAACAGCAGCAACGGCAACAACGAUUGCUCCACAGCAAGCGCAGCUCGUCUUUCAGUCAACGCCAGCAACAGCAGCAUCUGCGUCGGAAACUGCCACAAUAAAGCUGUCCAGCGAUGGCCGCCAGAUGCAAUUGGUGGCCAUACCACAGGCCACGCCGCCGGCCGCAGCGGCACCAUUGCAAGCUGUCACAACGGCAGGUGGUGCCACUAUAUUGCCGCCACAGCUCACGGGCAUGCCGGGUAAUGUGUCCAUUUCCGUGGGUUCUCCUGCAUCCGCAGCGGCGCUAGUGCCGCAACUGACGGGCAGCCUAACACUGGCCGUGUCGGAGCACUGCGAGCGGUUGAUUUUGCGUCAUGAUCCAAACACGCCGCAGGAUCACCAAUCGCAGCUUAUACUGCAAGCAUUGCUCAAGGGCGCCCUGCCCAAUGUAACCAUCAUCAAUGAGCCAACGCGCAUGGACAGCAACAAGCCACCAGCGCCAACGCCCCCGCCUCCACAACAGCAGCAACAACAGCAGCAACAACAGCAGCAACAACAGCAGCAACAACAACAGCAACCCAAAGCACCAGCAACACCUAAGAGCGAAGUCAAAGUUACUAACAACAGAAAGCUGUCCACACCCGCCGCGCCCGCCAGCAAUCUGCUGAGCAACAGCAGCAGCGUUACCACCAACACAACCAACUCAAUUAAACCACCGACCAUGCCCGUUAAGACUAACGAAACUUUAAACUUUCCACAAUUGCCGUCAACGCCGCAAUUGCUCGUACAGCAACAACCGCAGCAGCAGCAGCAGCAACAACAACAACCACAUCAGCCACAACAGGCUCAGCAGCAGUCGCAGCCGCAGCCGCAGGUUAACAACGCGCAACGUUAUGUGGCGCUACCACCCAUCGAUCCCAGUACACAACAGUUGUUCUGCCUGAACAGCGUGUCAAAUCAGAUCACGGCCAUCAGCGCUGGCCAAACGGCGGCAUCAAUUGGGCCAACGGAGCGGCUGCUGAUAGCGCCCGCUGGCAUCAAUGCCCAACAGCUGGCGCAGUGCCUGCAGCUGGGUCAGUUACACUUUAACGAUGUGAAUCCUUUGCCGCCCACACAGCUACAGCAACAGCAGGCUACGACGACGUCAGCAACAUUGCCCAUUCCAUUGCGUCCUCAGCCACCGCAGCAGCAGAUCGUGCAUCCUAUACAGCCCAUCAGCAAUGGGCAUGGUCUCAGCCUGGGUCUGCCCAUCAGCACGACAACAACAACGACAUUAACCGCCAGCGGCAACACGACAAUGAAUACCACAACGGUGACCAAACAGGUGGCCAAUGUAGCGCCCAUCAUAGACCAGAGUAAAGCCAAACUAGAGCCAGCAAAGGCGACGGGUACAAGCAGCACGGCAACAACUGCGACCAGUACAGGCGCCGUGGCCAAAAAGAAGCCUGUGCGUAAGCCCAAGACGACUCCGACGGCAGCCGAGCUGGCCAGUCUAAAGAAUGCCAGCGUUGUCAAGCCCAUGCCGAAGCUUGAUCCGCUCUCGCAGAAACCUAACAACAAUCCCGUGCAAAUAGUGCAGCCCAAUGUGGCAAGCGGCAAGCAGAUGAUUGUUGUUGUCAGCUCCAGCGGCGGACAGACAACUACCACAACAACAACAACCAUAAUGAGCAAUAGCAUACAACCAUUCCAGACAACAAGCGGCACCAAGUUGGUGGGCGUCACAGCGCCCAUGCAGCAACAGCAGCAGCUUCAGCAGCAACCUACAGGGACAGCAGCAACUGUGCAGCAGCAGCAACAGCAACAACAACGCGGCAGCUUCAGCUUAACAGCAACAACUUCAACGCCUAGCUCUGUGGUCAGCAGCAGCAGCAGUAGCAACAGCAGCAGUGGAGUAGCAAUAGCAGCACCAGUUGUGACGCAGUUACAAUUGCCGGCACAGAUGCAGCAACAGCCUAAACAACAAACGCAACAGCAGCCGCAACCCGCACCACAACAACACCCUCAACAAAACACAAUUUCGCGCGUGCAAACGAUUCAAUUGACACCACAAAUGCAGCAGGUGUUCCGCACGGUGCAAAUGCAGAUACAGUUCCUUACCAUAAAACUGCAGAACAAGUCCUUUGUGCCCACACUGCCAAUUUCACCAGAUGUGGAUCCCGCAGCAAUUGCCAUGUACAACAAACCUAUGUCGGAUGCAGAGAUCAAUUUGGCGCUGCAGCGUUUGUUUGCGGAACAGCAUCGCAUCUUGGCUUCGGGCAAAGAGGUGCCAACGCCGGAGGGCAUGAUUCCAACGCCCAAUGCAAAUGGCAGCUUUAGCCUGAUGCCACAGCAAUUCCAGCAAGUGCAGCAGCAACAACAACAACAGCAACAGCAGGUGCCACAAUCUACAGAAACACUGAAACCAACAGCUGGGGGUGUUAUAUUAGCAAAUGUGGUGCAACCGAACAAUCAUUCCACCACCAGCACAGCUACUGCUGCAGCAGCUAUCAAUGCGCAGCAACAGCAGCAGCAACAACAGCAGCAGCAACAACAACAGCAGCAACAACAGCAGCAGCAACAGCAGCAACAACAGCAGCAACAACAACAACAACUGAAUGUAGCUCAGCGCAUACACAUUUAUCCCAUGCAACAUCAACAGCAACAGCAGUUGGCUAACAAACAAAAGCUAGCGCAGCUGAAGCAGCAACAACAACAACAACCAGCGUCCGUUUGCAACCUGCAACAGCAACAAACCCCGCAAGCUAAACCAAAGGAGCAGCCAUGUCGCAACAAAUCCAAUGCGUCUAAUCAACAGCAGCAGCAACAACAACAGCUAACGAAUAUAACAGUCAACAUGUUACAACAGAAAACGAGCAUAAUGUCUGUGCCACUGCAGCAGCAACAGCCACAACAGCCCGCCACCUGCUUAAAAAACGGACCCCCACCGCUCAUCUUUGCAAGCUCCACCAAUCUGUUAUCCAACAGCAACAGCAGCAAUAACAAUAACAGCAAUAGCAGCAGCAACAGCAGCAAUAAUAGCAGCAACAUGCAAGGCGGCAUGUUAGCCAUGCCACCAUUGCAACCGCAACAGCUGCAACCCCCACAACAACAACAGAUACAGCAGCAGCAACAACUACCGCCGUUAUCGCAAGCACCACCAGCGGCAGCGACAGCGACAGCGUUGGGCAAUUUAAUUGCCCCAACGCUACCAACACUGCCCGUAUUUUUGCCGACUCUGCCCGUGCCGAAGCCGGAGGAGUUGCUCCCCACACCAAAACCAAAAAUUGCGCGCCUCUCCUUGUUUGUGCGCCAAUUGGAGGUGGAUCAGGAGAGCUGUCUGAAGCCGGACUAUGUGAAGCCGUUUCGCACCAAGGACGAGGCGGUCAAGAGGCUAAUCAGAUAUCAUUGCAUGCAUGAGAACGAUGUGGAGCUGCACUCCGAUGAGGACGAGGAAUUUGAGGCAACUGCUCUGGGCUUUCGCGAUAAGUUCCGACAGCUAAAUGGAAAAUUCCAGGAAAUUCUAUUGCAGGAGUCAACGUUGCCGCAUCGCACUUCGGAGCUGUUGCAAGUGCAGCAGCUGAUGAUAGACGAUCUGAAGGGUGAGAUCAGUGAUAUACGCAACGCGGAGAAGGAGCUGUUGGAGAAGGAACAGCAGCACCUCAAAGAGGAGCUGAGAUCUGAUGCAAUAACCGAAUAUGAACCGGAAAUGGACACCAAAGUUAAAGAUGAAAUCAAAUCGGAGCCAUUGGAAAGAAUGUCUGAAUCAGUAGCACAGUCAACAGCAGCAGCAGUUGUGGACAAGUUUGAUCUGCUUAAGAAUAGUGCGGAUGUGAACAAGGCAUACAACAAGCCCCAGCAGCAGCAACAAACACAGCAGCAACAUGUUAAGCGGGAGGAGAAUGGCGAAUGGCAGGGCCAGCCGGAGGCUAGCAGCAAUAACAAUGGCUCUGCGAGUGACCCUGUUAAGAAAGAGCAUCUCAACAGCUCCAAGGACAACCCUGAAUAUAUAAAAAAGGACUACGACAACUUUGAUAUCGAAUCGGAGCUGACGCCCAGUUUUAUUAUGAAGAAAGUGGAGCAAAAAAUGCAGACAACUGGUGUAAAGAAUGCUGAGAACUGUUACGCCGACAAUGUAUUGCAAGAGGAGCAACAACAGCAACAGGAGCAACAACAUCCACAUCCACAGCAGCAGCAGCAGCAGCAGCUACAACAACAUGUUAAAAGUAAUAACAUCGGCCAUGAAGAUCAUGAGGAUGGCUGGUAUUGUCUUCAAAAAGAGCUUAAUCUGAUGAGCAAUGAGGCAUUGCAGUCACAGCAGCAACAAAAUGCAGCACUGCAACAUGCUCCGCAUCAGCAACACUUGUCACAGCAACAUCUGUAUGAUAACAACGCCGGCAGCCUGUUGAGCAAUGGCAAUCAUCUGUCCGAUCUCUUUCCCAAUGGCUGCAUUGACAAGAGCAAUCAGAGCAAUAGCAAUAGCAGCAGCAACAGUAGUAGCAGCAGUUGUGGCGGUGAUGUUGGCGGCAACAGCAGUCACGCCGGCAACAACAACGUGCCUAUAGGCAGUUCCUCAUGCAGCCAGCAGCGUCAACAGCCGUUGGCUAUGCAAGCAGAUCAACCGAAUCAUCAUCCGGCCAUCAGUGAGUUCUUUAGCAGCGAUUCGGAUGUACAAAAGUCAGUGGAGACGCGCCUGGAGGCUAUGUUCGGUGAGUCGCCGGUAGAUUUGGAUGUGAAGAAUAGCAGCGACGCGCACGACAUUGAAUCAAAUCUGGAUGAGAUAUUUGGCGAUGCAAAAUCGCCAACAGCGAGCCACAAGAACAAGCUGAAUAUUUGGGCGGCAGAUGCUGGAUUCAGCGCCGGUUACAGCACCGAACAGCAGCAACAGACGUACGCACACCAACAACAACCACAGCAGCAAUCACAGCAGCAACAGCACCACAUUGAGCUCAACUGCAACAAUAACCCGCGUUGGAUGCAAAGCAUGGAGGCCCACUACAGCGACUAUAUGUCCAGUAACACCAGCACAGUUGAUGGCCAAGCCCACAACAUGCUGGUCAAUGGGGAGACACGCAAGCGCCAUUGGAAUGGCCAGUUGAUGGGCUCGAGCAGCGACUUGGAGGAUGAAAACAGCAGCAAGCGCUUGUGCACGGCUUCGUCAACGUCCUCGUCGCCCAUGUCGUCGCAGCAGCAUGUGCAGGUGCCGCAACAUGCCAUGCUAGAUGCUGAAAUGUUAGCGCUGCACGAUGGCAUGGGUGUGGACGGCGUGACCACUAACGGGCCCGCUGCCUUUUCGCAAUUGCUAAUGGAGGAGCAACAUCAGCAGCAACAACAGCAGCAGCAGCAACAACAACAACAGCAGCAACAUAGCUUUGCCAAUCAUCAGGCUUUCGCGAACUUGUUAGAUCCACAGCAGCAACAGCAACAGCAGCAGCAGCAGCAACAACAGCAGCAUCAACAUUACCAGCACAGUAUGCAACAACAGCUCCAGCAGCCACAGCAGACGCAGUUACAUGUAAAUCACAUGGGCGCCAAUUCAGUGGUGACUGGCGAGUACGACGACGAUAUCAGUCGGCAUGUGGCUAGUGCCAUAGACAGCAUACUGAACCUGCAGAACAGCGGUGAUUCGUUGCAGUUCUCAUUGGGCUCCUUUCUGGGCGACAGUAUACUGGACGAUCAGCGACAAGCAGCCAAUUUGCCCAGCUGCCAGCAGGAGCAGGUGAACAAUAGGCGCCGUCAGCUGGGGGAGGAUAUGGGCGAUUGUCUAAUUAGUGGUGGUGCCGGACCAGCUGUUAGUGCUGUAGCUGAUGCCAGCGGCAACCUUUUGCUCGAUCAUCAUCACCAUCAUCAUCAUCAACAACAGCAGCAGCAACAACAGCAGCAGCAGCAGCAGCAGCUACUGCAGGGUCAUCUGGGUCAGCAACAGCCACAUCUGCAGCAUCAUGCGCAACUCCAUCAUGGCUUGUCGCAGGCACAGCCUCAGCAUCAUGCGCAGCUAAAUGACUUUAGCUGUGUGGCCGCUGGCCUAGAUGAUGCCGUCAAGUCGAUUAUGACCUCUUGACUUGGGCUGCAUACAUCCACAACAACAGUAACUGGAGCGGCACAAAAUAUAACUGCUGAGCUGCCGCCGGCGGCAACGGCAACAGUAGCCAACAGUCUUAUACUGGAAUUCAACGCGACCACCUUGUAAAGGACUGCCUAAGGCAAUGACACAUUGAUUGUAUAUUAAGCCCCCCCUUUUGCAUGUUAUUUGUUCUCUUUAGUUGUUGUCCACUGUGCUAAAUGCAUUUGGCAACAGUUGACACAUUUUAGCAUCCUGCUCUGUACAAUUUUUAUUUUCAUUUUAGAUCUAAGUUGAAUGUGUAGUAUAAAUUGUAUUAAUUCUUGUUUUCGUUUUUAGUCCAAUGUGUUUGUACAAUAUUUAAAAACUAAAAGAUAAUGACAAAACAGCCUGGUAAUUAUUUGUAUAAAUUUAUAGUCACACAAUCGAAUGCAUUAUUAAGGGACAGCAGGUCCUUAAAAGUCAAUAGUGAAAAGCAAUUAACGCAGAGAAUUGAAAACAAAACGACGAAUAGCAUGAAAUGCUUCUUAGAGAAGUAAACUGAAUGAAUUCUAAUGUAAUACAAAUUAUAUAGCUACAAUAAAUAAGUGAAAAAUGCCUAGACAAUUUAUUAAAAUUAUAUCUUAACUAUGAAAGAGUGAAAAGGAACGUAAACCAAUCAAAGAAACCUAAAAAAGUAUAAACCGAAAUUGCUUUGGCCUGCCGAAGAUUAGUAAAUACGCUUGCCGACGAACAAAACAGUAUUGUUUGUAAAGCCAAUUUACACUUAAAUUGUCCGAACCUUUUUACUGAAUUGUUGAUAGAGACUUUUAAUAUAAAGCUUUUCGUACACGUGAUCUGAUCUAAUAAGUUCCAAUGCCAAGUUACAGCUCCAAAACGGAGAGCAAAAAUACGUUAUGUUCAAAAAUAUAUAACACAGAUGGGCCAAAGCGCGUAUCUAUCAAGUGUGCCGCAUUUCGCGACUAAAUUAUUUCACGCGAUUGGUUGUGCUAUUCACAAUUAAGUUGGUUGGGAGGAAUAUGCCAGUCGAGAGAGCAUUCAAAAUUCGUAAUUAGAAUUAUGCAAAACAAUUGUAACUACGUUGCCAAUUUUGUUGAAAUGAGAACAAAUGCAAUACAACAACAAAAGUCGAUAUACAAUACAAAAAAAUUGAACAC